AUGGCCACGGGAGAUCCGGAACGAUGGGCCUGCGAUGGGACUGGCGCCCUUUCACUCCGCCUAGCUCGGCCCAAGGUUGCUGCCGAUCAGCUUGCCCCGUCAGAGCAGAAUCUCAUCUCCAGCUUUCAUCCCAAGUUCGUCUAUCCACUUUUUGGACAGGAAGAGACGAUCUACGGAUAUGAAGAUCUGGAUGUUCAGCUGGCGUUCAACUCAUCAACCCUGAAGAACUAUCUUUCGAUUAGUUACGCCGCAGUGUUGCCCGACAAAGCUGAUUCAAUCGAAGAGAUUUUCUACAAAUAUAUCCCGCCAGAUUAUACCAAAUCGGAGGCAGCCUUCAACAACGAUCUUGAGUCUUCCGAAACGAAGAAAUUCACACCACCUGGGAAGAAAAUAUCUUCUUAUCGCUCUUUGCCCUCGAAGGGAAAAACAAAAUCUGAACAUUUUCUCACUGCUAAACGCUGGGAAAGGUGCAUGAAUCUUCAGAUGGAGGACGAACAAGAUGUGAUCUAUGAACUUUGGGCCGCCAAUUGGAAAACUCCCGGCUUCCGUGAAUACCAUCGUAGAAUGCAGAUCCUUGUGUUGCUCUACAUCGAAGGAGGUACUUAUAUCGAAGAAGACGACGAUCGUUGGGAGUUUGUCGUGCUGUUUGAGAGAAGGAAACUGAAGUCGUCAGACGAAGACGCGAACCCUUACAGCUAUCAUUUCUGCGGUUAUGUUUCACUGUAUUCGUUUUAUCACUACCCGUCUUCGAUUCGACUACGGCUUUCUCAGUUCAUAGUUCUGCCGCCCUAUCAAUUGAAUGGGCAUGGAUCUAUGCUAUAUUCCCAAAUUUUCCAAUAUUUACUGACUCGGCCUGAAGUUGCCGAGUUAACUCUCGAGGAUCCAUCGGAAUCGUUUGAAGAUUUAAGAGACAAAGAAGACUUGAAACUGUUAUUCGAGAAUAAAGUGUUUGAUGAGAAAUCCAUCAGUGAAUUGGUACCUGUUCCGAUGGAAUGGUAUGAAAGUACGAGAACAAAAUGGAAGUUGGCUAAUAGGCAAUUUGCCCGGUUGUUAGAAAUAGCUCUGCGAUGGAAAUUCACAGCACCCAAAGAGUCUGAUCCAAAAUUAGAACGACUGUAUCGAAUAGCGGUUAAAGAACGCCUUUAUCGGUUUAACUAUGACAGUCUAGUCGAUCUUUCCAAGGAGGAACGACGAGAAAAAUUACAGGAUACCUUCCAAAAUGUCAUGGAUGAUUAUGAUCGUCUCUUGCGAGGUGAAAGGCGAGAAAUUGAUUGA